AUGAUUUUGGAGCCUCACCGACUCGUUCUCCGGUAUCUCUCACCUCCAGUCGGACAACUACCGGGAAUGGCACAAGUCACCCAUCGUUGCAGUAAUAUUAACUCUCCAGAGAUUUACAAUACCACCAAGUCGGGGCCGCUGGACCUAGAGCAACGCACGGAACUGGUAGUGUGCACUCCGAUCGUUGGCGGGCCUCUUGAAGAAUGCGAAUCGCCACGGAUACUUGUCCGAUGCCUACUGGAUUGUUUGAUCGGCCUUGCGAAUUCGUUUCUCAAAAGCUUCCCACAUCUUGACAUCUCGACGAGGAACCUGCUCCGGCGACUAGGAAAGGAACGGCGUACAGCUCCAGAGCCCGUGAGCAGACAUGAUCCCUCGUUGUGCAGCGAUGAAAUGCACUUCCUUUCGGACUACCUGAACGAAUGCCAUGCUCUUAUCGUCGAUGGCGAUAUAGCAGUACGGGGGAAAGAACGUCGAGUGCCCGGAAGGGAUUAUUCGGGAAAUAUUCCUUUCUUACCAACGCGCGUGCUGCGUCUAUGGAUGAAUAACGAGCCUAUUCUCCACACCACCAUCGAUGACCUUCAAUUUUUUCCCUGGGUGUUAUUGUGGAUUGCCUUUCGCAAGGACCCCGCACAUCCGGAAUCUGAAGCAAGUCUGAUGGCUUUGAAUAACGAUUCUCUCAGGAACGUCUCGCACACAAAGGCUGGGCUCAUACAAGAAAUUGCCGACAGAUUCUCAAUGUCCAGCCUCCCUCAGUCGGUGAGGGUCAUCCGAGACCUCUUCAACAGAUGGAUUGACCUUUCGCGAGAAGCCACCGAGCAGUUGUUUAUCCUGCUUGAGGGUGAGAGGUUUACGGGCAACAAGCUGAACUCGAACCUGCAGCUCCAAGCAGUGUUCGAUGAUGCUCUAGAAGGCAUGACGAAGAAGUAUCUGAAAGAGUAUAUGCGAGCUGCAGUGGAUUUUAUCGAAAAGGAAGACGUCGGGUUAGAGCUCUGGCCUGAGCCAUCUGCAUAA